AUGAGAAAAAAUGAGCUAAUUCCUACUCGCACUGUGAUAGGGUGGAGAGUUUGUAUUGAUUAUAGAAGGCUCAACAAAGCAACCCGCAAGGAACACUUCCCACUUCCAUUCAUUGACCAAAUGUUAGACAGAUUGGCGAGGUAUGAAUAUUAUUGCUUCCUUGAUAGUUAUUCGGAGUACAACCAGUUUGUCAUAUGCCUAGAGGAUCAGGAGAAGACCACUUUUACUUGUCCUUAUGGCACUUUCACCUUCAAGCGAAUGUCGUUUGGUCUUUGUAAUGCGCCAACCACUUUCCAGAGGUUGCAUGAAAAGGAUGUAACUUUCAAUUUUGAUGACGCCUGCCUGAAGGCAUUUGAAGAACUCAAAAAGCAGUUGGUGGCUGCCCCCAUUAUUGCGGCACCAGAUUGA